AUGGAUCCUCCAAUUCCUCCUCCAUACAUUGCUCCUGGUCAUGAAAAAAGUAUGGAGCUCUGUGCAGAGUUACAUCCUCCCUCCCCCCAAGUUCAGCCUCUGCCACCAGAAACCACUGCCGCCACCGACAGCCAACCUGACCCACCGAAACCACCACUGGAAGAUGAUAGCCAACUGGAGACGAUCCUUUUCAAUUGGGGUGUUUCUCUAACUGGGUCAAGAGCAAUCGGAGCUCUGGAAUAUUGUCACGCUAACUUCAUCAACUACUUUUCUAAUGAGUUUUGGUCUGACCCUGAGUUUUCCAAGGUUUUUGCAAGGAAAAGACCUUGCUAUUUCAACACAGGUGUGAUGGUGAUGGAUUUGGUGUGGUGGAGAGAGGGUGACUACAUGAGAAAGAUCAAGAAAUGGAUGGAAAUUCAUAAACAGGGUAGGAUUUACGAAUUUGAUUCUCUUCCACCGUUUUUGUUGGUUUUUGGUGGAGAUGUUGAGGCGAUUGAUCAUAGAUGGAACCGACAUGGGGUUGGUGGGGAUAAUGUGGUGAGUAAUUGCAGAUCUUUGCAUCUAGUCCUAUCAGUUUGCUUCACUGGAGUGGCAAGGGGAAAGCCAUGGGCAAGGCUUGAUGGGAGGACGCCAUGCCCAGUUGAUUUCUUUUCUUUUCUUUUUAAUUGA